GAUACUUCUGGGGCUAUCCUCGUAACAUAUCGCGAUUGAAAAUAGCGGUAUAUAAUCGCGGAAAAUCGCGGUAUAUAAAGACAUCCACAAUGACAACGAGCGUCAGUUUACGGUAUUUUUCGUACGAGAAAUGUUGCAUCUAUCGGAAAAUAUGCUGAUAAAAUUACUGAUUGCCUUGCUUUGCCUUGGCCUAAGCGUUUGCACGGAUGCAAAGGAGGCUGCCCCGAGAAUCAAGACUCCUUUAGGAGGACUGAAGGGCUACUACAAAACAUCGCAAAAUGGUAGGCAAUACGAGGCGUACGAAGGAAUUCCUUUCGCGUUACCACCUGUCGGUGAACUGAGAUUUAAGCCUCCCCAACGCGUAACACCAUGGGUUGGUGAACUACCAGCUACAAAGCUCAGUUCCGCGUGUAUUCAACGCACCCAAAUACCAGUCAACCCUAUGGAAAGAGUCGAAGGCGCCGAAGAUUGUCUGUACUUAAACGUUUAUGUGCCGGUAAGGGAAAAAACUCGAAGCAAGACCCUGUUGCCGGUACUCUUCUGGAUUCAUGGUGGUGCCUUCCAAUUUGGAACCGGCACGCUAAUGGGCGCAAAAUAUCUCAUGGAUCACGACGUCAUAUUUGUCACGAUUAAUUAUCGUUUAGGACCAUUAGGUUUCCUCAGCACAGAGGAUGAGAUAAUUCCCGGAAAUAUGGGCUUGAAGGAUCAAAACAUGGCACUACGUUGGGUGUCGGAGAAUAUCCAGCGGUUCGGUGGAGAUCCAAAACAAGUGACAUUAUGCGGCAUGAGUGCUGGUGGUGCAAGCGUACACUAUCACUAUUUAUCGCGUAUGAGUGCGGGACUCUUCCGGGGAGGAAUAUCGGUCAGCGGUACUGCGUUAAACUGUUGGACACAAGCCGAGAAUUCUUUGGGAAAAGCCAAAAAAUUGGGUGCGUUAUUAGGAUGCUCCACGGACAACACGAAAGAUAUGGUAGAUUGCUUGAGAACUCGUCCGGCUCGCGCGAUCGUAGACGCCGCUGGUGAAUUUAUGACAUUCUUUUAUAAUCCCUUCUCCCCCUUUGGAGCGGUAGUCGAGAAAGUUGGUGAGGCUCCUUUCCUCGAUAGGGAACCCGUUGAAAUUAUAAACAGUGGGGAUGUCCAAGACGUACCUUGGAUUAAAAGUAUAGUAAGCGAAGAAGGACUUUAUCCUGUGGCCGAGUUCAUUUACGAAAAAUCUUAUCUGAAACAAUUAAACGACAAAUGGGACGUUAUUGCUCCAGAUUUUCUUGAUUUUAAUUACACCAUUCCUAGAGAAAAGCAUGUCGAAAUCGCUCGUACUAUCAAGAGACAUUAUUUCGGGUCGAAACCAAUAAAUGCAGCAAGUACCAAAGAAUUAAUAAAGAUGGCAGGCGAUCGUUUCUUCGUGGCAGACAGUGAAAAGGCUGCACGUAUGCAGGCCACAAUAAAUCGAAGUCCAGUCUGGUAUUAUUAUUAUACAUACAGGAGUAUGGAUAGCUGGGCAAACAUUCUCGCUGGCAAAAAAAUAAAAGAUUACGGUGUUUCUCAUGGCGACGAUGUGUUCCUCGUAGUAGAUACCCCCUGGAUGGAUCCGACAAAGAAGAAGGAAGAUAACGAUAUGCAACGAGUCCUGAUAGAUAUUUGGGUGUCAUUCGCUACAAACGGAGUUCCGAAAGUUGGUGGUGUUGAAUGGCCCAGAUUGGAUCCCACUAAGGAGUUUCAUUAUCUACAUAUAGCUAGUCCUACUAACAUUAACAUGGACAGUUGCGCUAACUUGGGAGAGAAAGAAUUCUGGAAUUCGAUCAAUUUCAAUGAAAAUAAGUUGAGAAACAAGAAAGAAGAGCUUUAAAUCUUUCUCAAAUUGGCACGUGAAAAUUUAUAUUCCAUAAAUCUAUACUUUAUAAAUCUUACUUCAUAAAUAUUUUUGUAACAUAUCUGAUAAAUUUUUAUCUUCAAUAAAAUGUAUUAGUCGUUCACCUGUUUACAUAAA